AUGGCUGGCCCUCUAUUCAAGCGGUUUGCGCCGCCUGCGCCUGCGCCCAAAAAACAGCCCUCACCCACCCCAGUACACAGCGAAACCUCGAAUUCUGCGCAUACCACAAAUGAGCCUGUCGCCGGAUCUGUGAUCACGCCUGUGGAAGAUGAUGCAGUACCAAGAUCUGUCAAGAAACCGAAAAGGAGAAAGCGCGAAACCGACGAAGCAAACAAUGAGCACAACGAGAUCGCAAAGAAGCACAAGAGCAUACUUUCCAAAUUCGAAAAAUCCUCCAAACUAGCCGAGGCAAAGAGCCAGCAGCAUGAAGACGAGACAGCUGACAAGGAGGAAGAGGAGGAAGAGCUCCAUGAUCUAGAGCCCAUGCCACAGCCAGCACCCGUUCCCGAGCCAGUAUACGAGCCGACCUUUUCUACCCUUCCCACAUGGCUCGCCCAGCCCACCACGGUCGAGGCAUCCAAGACUUUCCCAUUUUCUGGGCUUGGCGUCGACGCUACAUACGUAAAGAAACUGGAGAAACAAGGGUUCAAGGACGCAUUGGCUGUGCAAAUGGCAUUGCUACCUAUGCUACACCCUGGCUUUGACCAGCACCUUGGCGACAUAUGUGUCUCUGCAAAGACGGGGUCUGGAAAGACGCUAGCAUAUUUGCUACCAAUUAUCGAGGCGCUCAAAGACCGCGCUGUCCCCAUACUCUCGGCAAUUAUAGUCGUACCAAGCCGACAACUUGUCAACCAGGCCCUUCAAGUCGCUGAGGAAUUAUGUGCUGGCACAAGGAUCAAAGUUGGAACAGCAUUGGGCAAUGUCGCAUUCGCCACGGAACAAAAGCAACUUGUCAAGAUGAGGUCGCAAUACGACCAAAAACGAGCACAAGAGCUCAACGAGAAAGCGUUACAGCAGUACCAAACGGGCCUGAUGGAAAGAGGAGGACUAUAUGAGGAUCUGAAGAGCAUGCCUAUCGGACACGUGCCAAAGUACGAUUCGGGCGUGGAUAUUCUCAUAUGUACGCCAGGCCGACUUGUAGAGCACAUCGAGCAUACAACGGGCUUUCUGCUGAAUAAUCUCCGAUGGCUUGUCAUUGAUGAAGCAGACCAGCUGCUCAACCAAAACUUCCAGGGCUGGGCGAGCGUGCUGAUGGAUGCUAUUCACGGUGAAACUCGACCCGAAUUCAUGGAUGCUCGAGAGCGAAUGGCCAAGCAACUACGGGAUGCUAACUCUGCCUGGUCUGUGGCGUUGCCCCAAAGACAGGUGACUAAAGUUGUGCUGUCGGCAACAAUGGAAAAAGAUCUCAGCAAACUUGGCACAUUGAAACUAAGGCGACCGAAGCUGGUUGUUGUGCAGGAUGCGAGCACGGAGCUGCAGUCUAUGGAGACGGAAGACAAUGUUUUCGAGCUACCGUCGAAGCUGGAAGAGUUUGCUGUGCAUGUUGGCGAUGGCGCGAACAAGCCGUUGCACCUGUUGCAUGUGCUGCUCAACUUUGUUUUCACAGAAAAGCAUGAAGAUGCAGACCCGUCAUCGGAUUCAGACUCGUCGGAUUCUUCUUCUUCUUCUUCUUCAGAUGAUGAUUCUGAUGCUGGUCAAGUCAGCCAAUCAUCAGCGCCGCGGCAAACAGGCCGCGUUCUCAUCUUCACCAAGAGUACAGAGAGCGCAUCCCGGCUGUCGCAUUUGUUGAGUGCACUUAUGCCGGGGUUCAAGAACCAUCUCAAGACCAUGACUAGGGCAUUGACGGCAGAUGCGUCGCGCAAAUUGCUCAAAUCGUUCAGUUCUGGGGCCGUCAAGAUACUGAUUGCAUCAGACGCUGCGUCUCGAGGGUUGGAUAUCCCUGACAUUACACACGUGAUCAACUACGACCUGCCGACAAGCAUCACCAGCUACGUGCACCGCGUGGGCAGGACAGCGCGAGCCGGCAAGGCAGGACAGGCGUGGACGUUGUUCAGCAAGACGGAGGCGGCGUGGUUCUUGAAGCAGAUAGCCAAGGGUGAUGGCAUCAAACGCGGAAACAAGAAAGUGAAGCGUAUGGAAUGGAAAGAGAGUGCCGUGACGGCUGAUGGGAAGAAGCAGGCGUACCGGGCGGCACUCAAGCAGCUAGAGAGUGCUGUUAGCGGACAGACAGAAAGCGGAUAG